UGAAUAAUUAUAAGAUUAUAAGGGUAGUGUACAGGUGAAUUUAUAAUUUGUAAUAGAAAAUAAAAUGAAUGAAAAUAAAGAUGAAUCGAAAGAAUUAGAAGAAAUUCGUAACAGGCAUCGCGUAGAAAAGAAAGAAUUGCAAAGUAAGAUUCAGUCCCUUAAGAAAACGACUUCUAAAGGAGACAAAAAGAAAAAAAAAGAAGUUGCAGAUAUGAUAGCUCAAUUAGAAAAAGAUCUUGAAAAUAAGCAAGCAGAAGAAAUUGAUAAAUUUUUAGACGUAAAAAGUAAUUUAGAUGUAAUAGAGCAAAUUUCAUGUAAUGAUAAUGAAACUGAAAUUGAACAGGAAAAGUCAAUACCACGUCUUUCAAGAGCACAAAAGAGGAGGAAUAAAAAGCAACAUGAACAACAAGAGCGAGAAAAAAGGAUUCAAGAACAAGAAGAAGUAAAUAAAUUAGGGCCUAGAGCAAUGGAAUUACAAUCAAUUGAGCAGAUUCUAAAGUCACAAGGACUUGAAAUGUAUAACAUACCUGCAGAUGGAAAUUGUUUAUAUUAUGCAAUAAAUCACCAGUUAGAAAUAACUGGGAGAGAUACACUGACAAUUUCAAAACUUAGAAAAUUAACAGCAAAUUAUAUGCGUGACAAUAAAGAUGAUUUCAUGCCAUUUAUGUAUACUCCAAAUGAAGACCCAAUGACUGAGGAAUUGUUUGAAAAAUAUUGUAAUGAUGUGGAAAAAACAAAAAUGUGGGGAAGUCAAUUAGAAAUUAAAGCACUCUCGAGUACCCUUAAAUGUCCUAUAAAAGUAAUACAGGGUAAUGGACCAAUUGCAUUGCAAGGGGAAAAUUACGAAGGACCACCUCUUAUUCUAACAUACCAUCGAUAUUUAUAUCGUCUUGGUGCUCAUUACAAUUCUACUAUAUUAAACUUAAAUAAGAUUAAUGACUUUCAUGAUUAAUACUACAAUAUGCUUUAAACUGCUAUAUAAUUUAUAUACUUUUUGAACUGUAAAUUUACAGAUAAUAAUUUGUUUUACUUGAUUUUACAAGUUAUCUAUAUGUACCCAAAUUGCAACAGGAAUAAUUCCUUCUUUUGAAUGUGUAUAGUUCGGUAUGGCUGUUUAAAUAAAAGUAUAAUACUUGUAAAA